AUGGCUUCAACAAUCGCAGUCGCAGUAGCAGGGGCUGUCUUUUACAUAUUAUAUUCCAAUGUUUCGGGAUUCUUGAAGAACCUCGCUGCGGCCAAGAGGUCUGGUCUUCCUUAUAUCAUUGUACCGGUCAAUAUUUAUAACUCAGCAUGGCUGAUGACCCAUAAGAUCUGGGUGCGAUUUUUCUCGUGGCUACCAGCGUCGUGGUCCGAGAAAUGGCUUCCUUAUUUAAUACCAGACUGGGUCUGGGACGAUCAAUUCGAACCAUUUGAGCAGAAAGGCGACGUGUUUCUACAGGUCUCUCCAGGCUCAGUGCAGGUAUGGCUCGCAAACGCUGAAGCACUCCACCAAGUCACAUCGCGCCGCGAGGCCUUUCCGAAACCUCUUGAAUCAUACCGUAUCCUCGACAUCUUUGGCCGAAAUAUAAUCACCACCGAAGGAGCAGAAUGGAAGCAGCAUAGAAAGAUCACAGCUCCGGGGUUCAAUGAGAAGAAUAAUGUGCUAGUGUUCGCGGAGUCAAUCAAGCAGGCACAAGGAAUGCUAUUGAAAUGGUCGGGGUCGGGGGGAAAAACUUUGAAUGAUGUGCCGACAGAUACAAUGCGAUUGACCUUGCACAUAAUCAGUCGGAUUGGCUUUGGAGUAAGCCUGCUAUGGCCUGGAGAGAAGCCGGAUGAGAAAGCGAGCACGAGAGAUGCGGUUUUUAGCAGCAAUGAGCCUCCGGAAGGCCAUACAAUGAGCUUUGAACAUGCGCUAGAGACGCUUUUAGAGAGAAUGCUCUGGGUACUGUUAACCCCAAAGUGGAUACUGAAACGCCUCCCUUUCGACAGUUCUUCUAAAGCCUACGAUUCUUACAUCAAUUGGAAGCUGUACAUGAGCGAACUUUUCAGUCAGAAAAUAGAAGAGGCUCGUGAAGGGCACCAGAGCGAAGGACUCGACAUCAUGGGCAUGCUCGUCCGUAGUUCAUACAGCGAUUCGAAAACCAGGAGGCUAUCACCAGGGAGUACGGAGAAGGGGGAAGUCGACAAACCAAUUCUAUCUGAUUCAGAUAUUCUGGGGAACGCAUUUGUGAUGAUCGUGGCGGGCCAUGAGACGACAGCGAAUUCAAUUCAUUUCUCGCUAAUGGAGUUGGCUAUUAAUCCCAGAGCACAACGUCUCUUGCACAAGGAGGUGCAAUCGAUUUUUGGAGACGAGCCGCCUGAGGCAUGGGACUACGAGUCGAAUAUCAAUGCUCUACUUGGAGGAGUCGUCGGUGCCGUUAUGAAUGAGCAACUACGUCUUAUGCCGCCAGUUAUUGCCAUCCCGAAACAGGUCUCGAAAGCUCAGGAUCAAGUAAUCGUUCUGGAUGGCAAGAAAAUUUUGCUUCCUGCUGGAGCGCGUAUCGCACUCAAUACUGUCGCUGUUCACAGAAAUCCAAAAUACUGGCCAACACAGCCAUCUCAGAUUUCAGAUCGUUCGAAUGAUCUGUAUGACUUCAGGCCUGAGAGAUGGCUAGUGAAGACUACAGCGGAUGGGAAGCAGCAUGUGGAUAGCGGCCUGGAGGCAGAAGGGGACGACGAAUUUGGAGGUUUCACAGGCUCGGAUACAUCUGCGUCACUUUUUCGUCCUGCUCGUGGUGCUUAUUUACCCUUUUCAGAUGGCCCUCGAUCUUGCUUGGGGAGAAGGCUCGCACAGGUGAAGGUUCUCAGCGUCCUAUCUGUUAUUUUCCAGAAGUAUUCAAUCGAGCUGGCUGUGGAUGAGUGGGCAACUGACGAGGAAGUGGCAAAGAUGACACCCGAAGAAAAGAAAGCAGUCUAUAAGAAAGCACAAGAGAAGGCGAGACAAACUAUCAGGAGGUCAACUUCGCUCAUUACGCUAAAGCUGCAUGAGGAUCCGGCCUACAUUCCUGUCCGUCUUGUUAAGAAGGGCGACGAGAGAUUUAUAAAUAUCGUCGAUUAA